AUGGCUGAGAGCUCAGAUCCACAGGUCGAGUCUCCUCUCGCCGUCGACGCGGUUCUGGGAGAAGCGUCCUUCUCUGUCACCGAUGACAAAGUGUCCAUCGCUGCUUUCCGGGUCCACGCCAUCGCAGGCCUCAGUCUGACGGUGCAGCCCAGUCCAGGGAACAGCCACACCAUGGUGGCCAGGGCUGCGGGGGUGCAGACCCUCACCGCACCGAAGCAGUGUCUGGGAGGCUUUCCGCUCCGACUCCUCGCUUACACCCACACUGCUCUGAGUCUGUGUCACGGAGCUCAGAUCUGA